AUGCUUUUUCACUCGUUGAUCACCGCCGCCGUCGCUUUUGCCGGCCUGGCCCUGGCUACCUUGCCUGCUAUCGAGAUUGUUGGCAACAAGUUCUACUUCUCCAACAAUGGUUCCCAGUUCUUGAUGAGAGGUAUUGCCUACCAGCAGAACCCAACCAACACCUCCUCUACCGAGAAGUACGUCGACCCUUUGGCCGACAUCGACACCUGUAAAAGAGACAUUCCUUACAUGCAGCAGUUGAACACCAACAUCAUCAGAGUGUACGCUUUGGACGCCGAGAAGGACCACACAGAAUGUAUGAAGAUGUUGGACGACGCCGGAAUCUACGUCGUGGCCGAUUUGUCCGAGCCUGAGACCUCUAUCGACAGAUCCAACCCUGCUUGGAACACCGAGUUGUUGGCCAGAUACACCUCUGUGGUUGACAAGUUCGCCAACUACACCAACAUUUUGGGUUUCUUUGCCGGUAACGAAGUCACCAACGAGGCCUCCAACACCAACGCUUCCGCUUACGUCAAGGCUGCCGUCCGUGACACCAAGGCUUACAUUAAGGAGAAGGGCUACAGAAGCAUUCCUGUCGGUUACUCUGCCAACGACGACAUGGCCAUCAGAGUCGAGCUUGCCGACUACUUUGCUUGUGGUGAUGACGAGGACAGAGCCGACUUUUUCGGUAUUAACAUGUACGAGUGGUGCGGUACUUCUACUUUCGAGAAGUCCGGUUACCAGAACGUUACCAACGCUUACAAGAACUUGGGUAUCCCUCUUUUCUUCUCUGAAUACGGCUGUAACGAGGUUCGCCCUAGAAAGUUCCAGGAAGUUGGCACCAUCUACUCCGACAAGAUGACCGACGUUUGGUCUGGUGGUAUUGUCUACAUGUACUUCGAGGAGGAGAACAACUACGGUCUUGUCUCUGUUUCUGGCUCAUCUGUGUCUACCUUGAGCGACUUCAACAACUACAAGUCCGAGAUUCAGUCGAUUUCUCCUUCCUACGCUUCCAUCAACACUGCUGACUCCACUUCUGCUGCUUCCGUCACCUCUUGUCCUUCCGUGGGUGCUAUCUGGCAGGCUGCUACCGCCUUGCCUCCUACCCCAGAUGCUGAGGUUUGUGAGUGUAUGGAGAAGUCCUUGACUUGUGUUGUUAAGUCCGAUGUGGACAGUGACGACUACGCCGACCUUUUCAACUACAUCUGCUCCCGUUCUGGCUUCGACUGUUCUGGUAUCAGUGGUAACGCUACCGCCGGUGAGUACGGUGCUUACUCUGCCUGUGACGCCAAGCAGAAGUUGAACUUCCUCCUUGACUUGUACUACAAGGAGAACGGCUCCAAGGCCUCCAACUGUGACUUCAGUGGCUCUGCCACUACCCAGUCUGCCACCACCGCCUCUUCCUGCUCUGGCAUCAUUUCCAGCGCUGGCUCUUCUGGUCUUGGUACUGUGACUGGUAACAUUCUUGCUGCUGCUUCUGGUGCUCAGAGUGCUACUUCUGGCUCUUCUGGCUCUGGUUCUGGUUCUGGCUCCGGUUCCUCUUCCGGCUCCACCUCUUCCAGCACUUCUAGUUCUUCUUCUGGUGCUGGCAGCAGUAUUCACGGCUCCUCUCUCGCCAACACUGCCGUUUUGACGAUUGUUUCCGCUUUCUUCAUCACCGUCGGCUUCAUCUUGGCUUAA